GUACUUCAAAUCUACUUAGCUCUUGUGGUCCUUGUUUUAGAACGUAGAAGUACUAGAGUUCUUUUGCUUCUCUUAACACAAAAAAGAUCGUAUUCACACGUACGAACUAUAAGUAGAAACUACUGAAGAGCUGUAACUUCUUCAUAGGGGAAAAAAAAUGACGUCCGACACAACUGCCUCCGCCGCUUUGUAUGCAAAGCACGAUAAAAUCCAAGAUACGGCGAAGCAUGCGCUACCGCCCACGAUCGCCGCCGUGCCUCAGAGCUACCAAUACCUGUUGGGGUACAACGAACAGCAGAUGACUGUGGAGAGUAAGGCGUUGAAGAAGGAUAUUGAGUUACGAUUCCAAAACGAAGAUACUAGGAUUUCAUCUGCUAGUCGACACAUCACACAGAUUUAAUCAGACUUUCUCCGUCCCGAUUGCUGUAGUAAAUUCGGUCCCAUUGAUGUUGUUGUCAAGAAACUGUUUAUGUACUUACUCACAUAUUACUAGGAUCCUAUUUCUAAUCAUCUCCCUACCCCAAGCCAACAUGAUGGGUUCUCCAGAUGAGGCAUCAUUUCUUGGCUGGUUAGCGGAACUCAUUGGCGCAAAACGUGUACUCGAAGUUGGCGUUUUUCGAGGAAGCACAACACUCACACUUGCCCAGGCAGUUGGAGCGGGUGGGAAGGUCGUUGUUAUGGGUGAUGGUUUUCAGCUCGAUAAUACUUUUAGUCAUGGUCGUCGUUUUUUCAAUUGUGGUGGAUCAUAAACCUGCUUUCGAAUCUCGCAGUAGCCACUUUAGGCACUCGCGUAUGCUAGAAGUAUCGCUAACGCCUGCCUCGAUCUUUCCGAAGAGUUCGCGGCAACUGGCAAAAAACAUUGGGAGGCUUCCGGAAUGAGCGAUCGCAUCGAUUUUCGAGUUGGCAAAGCAGUGGAGCUCUUGGAUCAGAUGAUAAAUUAUGAACGAACGUGAUCGCGAAGUUUCAUUCUGUGAUAGAACGAAGAUACGGUUUUUAUUUAGCGGUAUCUAUAAGUAGUACUCUACUGUAUUAAGAGUAAAAGAUCUGUUCAACUACUACACCAUGCCAGUCUCUAAGGACCGGACGAGUCUGACAAAACGUUCGACCUCUGCUUCAUCGACGCUGACAAAGCAUCCUAUCCUAUCUAUUUCGAGCGCGCGCUUACCUUAACGAGACCAGGAGGCGUCAUUGCGAUCGAUAAUACGCUGUAUUUCGGCAAGUUUCUAGUGGAGGAGGAAACCAUGUCUGCGGACGCGAAGGGGAUUAAAACUCUGAACGAACAGCUAGCCCAAGACUCACGUGUGCAGAUCGUGAUGUUGGGUAUCGCGGAUGGGCUGACUUUGUGCAGAAAGAAGUAG